CGAUAUGUCUUUUUUCUUAAGAAUUUACAAAAGCAAAACAAAAUGAAUAAAAGGCAUUUUUUAACUUUGAAAGAUCGAGGUCGUGUACUUGGAUAUUAUAAUUAUUUGAUUACAACAAUGGCUGAUAUAAAUUUGAAUGAUUUACGUAAGAGUCCACAAACAUUACAAGCAAUACAUGAUGUGCAUUUGAAUCAUUAUAUUCACAGAGAUAUAAGACCAGAUAAUUUUUUAAUUGGAUUUCCCCCUAAGAGUAAUAUCGUUUAUAUGAUUGGAUUUUCAUUACUAGAAAUUAAGCUUUACAGAACACCUCGAAAAUUAACAAAAUGGCAAGGAAGUAAUUGCAAAUUUCAAUCUCGUUCUUAUCAUUUACAUUCAAACAUUGCUCGGAUUGACGAUGUAGAAUCUUGGUUUUAUAUGUGCAUAGAUUUUUUUGGGCAAACUUUACUUCCUUGGAAUGAUAUUACUUCUGAAAGUGAAAUUUUUCUAUGCAAACAACGAUUAUUUUGCGAUGGAUGUGAAGAAAUUUAUAAUGUUAUACCACAAAACUUUCGGGCAAUUUUUUGA